AUGCCCGAGUCUUCCGCCGCUGGCCCAAGUACAAACACCUUCAGUACCACCACUACGACUACGACAACGGUACCUUCUCGAGGGAGACCUUAUACCUUCACUUCCACUCAAUCACCGACGCAGAGAUACAGCUCGCCUCCCAACCAAGCCCCAGUGACCGUUGUCACCCCUCCCGACGGAUCUGCCAAUGUCCCCGCCACGAGAAACUCCGUCGCAUUUCCUACUCAAGUCAACAGGCUCCGGCCGAUCAGCAUCAGGAGACUGAAUUCGUCCAAUUUCAAUCGACCACAAGAUGGUGACUCGGCUCCUGGUACUGCCAGUAGCAACGUGAGCCGGUCUUCGUCGCUUCGAGGACGGAGCAGUUCGGCGCCACAACAUGCCACACUAGACGUCGAUGGGUCUGGCAAUGCUCUGAAGACGCAGACCUCGAGACAAUCGCUCCUUCCCACUGUGGCAGAAGGCGCCCCCGUCGACCGGGAUACAGUCAAUGAGGAAACCUUUGGCGGGCCUAGUAGCAGGAGACGAAGUGCUGCAAGGUCGGUGCUUAGUAGACUCAGCGAUCACUCGCAAGAACGCCAACGGCGUCAAGGGCCCGAGUACGAAUCGGAGGUAGUGGACUUGUUGGAUGUGCUUGAUCCUGAGGUUUCGACCUUGACCACUUUGACCAAUGUUCAGAAUUCCUUGUUUGUGCCAGACCUAGGUAGAUGGGUGAAUCGAAGACCGACAUACGAGUUAAGCCGGCAGCCAACGUAUGUCCGGUCCGAACGGCCUGGGACGAUAGCUGAAAAGGAGCCCUCUGUCAUGUCACCUAUUCCCAGUGAACCGACCUUGGAAGAAGCAUCACUGGACCAAGGACCAGAAGAUCCGACGGGUACUGGCCCAUCGUCGAUGCAGCGUUCAUGGUCAUGGCAACGCAGACCGCAGUUGGAGCGCAGCCACAGUAUCUCGUCUGUGGUAUCCGAAUCUCAUUAUGCCGUCUUACCCCACGGAGUUCGACUGGAAGGGUGGAGCGAAGAGGACAAAGAAGUCUUGGAUGACCAUGUGAGACACAUGUUGCACUCGAAACGGUCCAAGUUCAAACAGCGUAUGGUUGCCUUUGGCAAGUACGUUCGAAAACCUCUUGGCUUCUUUGUGACCCUCUACGCCACUCUGAUCACGCUGUUUGGGGCGGCGUGGGUGCUUUUCUUGAUCGGUUGGAUUUAUGUCGGAGACCGUCAAUUAUACAUCAUCAACAUCAUUGACAAUGUGCUUGUCGCCCUUUUUGCCCUUAUGGGCGAUGGUCUGGCGCCAUUUCGGGCCGUCGACACUUACCACAUGAUUUAUAUUGCCCAUUACCACCAUCUGACGUGGCGGUUACGCCGAGAAAGGGGGCUUCCGGAGCUGCACGAUCACAACGACCUUCCUCCUCCGCCGGAAAAGCAUAUGGACAUCGAAGCCGGCGAACCCGAGGACGCGCAAUAUUCGGUUCUGACGCCAAAGCAGCAACAAAAGUUGAUCCAUCACCAGGCGAAAUUCUCCAAGUCGCACUCAUUCUACAAGCCACAUGAGACCUCGACGCAUCACGCGUUCCCACUGCGGCUGCUCGUGACCAUUGUGUGCUUGUUGGACUGUCAUUCCCUGUUUCAGAUUGCACUGGGGACGUGUACUUGGAGUAUCAACUAUCGUACGCGGCCUGAGGCAUUGACCUCCACGAUCCUUGCAUGCUCGAUCACCUGCAAUAUCACCGCGGGUGUAGUGAUCGCCAUCGGUGACCGCAUGUCCCGGAAGAAGGAUGUGGUCAAACAACUGAAGCGGCAAGAGCUGACCACUGCUGCAAUGAGGAAGGUCGAAAAGCAUCGAAGAGAUCGAGAGGAACAGCUGCGCCAACCAGAGCGGCCAGAGAACUUUGGCGUUAUUGACGAGGAGACGGCCGAGCAGAUGAAGUCGCAGACGCAUCUUCCGACGACCAUUGUCGCCAAAUAG